AUGAUACACUACCAGGUUGCGCCGAUGCUGGCGGCGGCGCUGCUGUUCGAGUCCAAGGAGGCUUUCGUUGGCCUCUCGCGCGUCUUCACCGCCAUGUCGCUCUAUCUGGACUCUGCGGUGGAGCUGCCUCUCCGCAAGGCGUGCAGACUGGGGUCUCUCAAGCUUCUGGAUCGCAUUUGGGACAGCAGUGAGGCUUUCGUGGAUAAAACUCCCACAACUUCGGAAGCUUCGGAUAAAACUUUCACACUCCGUAAAUUCAUCCGCACCGACAAGUUUUACCGCCAAUACCAGUUCGCUCUGUCCAUGGAGGAGGCGGUGAAGCAGAAGAGCCUGGAGAUGGUCAAGUGGCUGAGCGCGAGGUUCCAGGGCUACACUGUGCCUGAAGAAGUGGGGAAGAUAGCGGUCAGGGAGGAUUCGAGGGACAUUAUCGAGUUUUUACUGGAGAUUGAUAUAAGCUCGGGGGGAGACGCAGUGCAAGGGGACGAUUUAUUCGUCGAACACCAUGCUGCUGCCAAUGGACACCUGGAAGUGCUGCAGUGGCUGGAUCAGCUGCGUCGAAUUGACGGCACUGGGGGAUUGCUCACGGUUGCUGCGAACAAGAGACACAUCCACAUAGUGCGUUGGGUCAUCGAGCGUGACUUCCGCAAUAGUCACAACGCCAACAACCUGGCUUGUUGCACGACGGGCGCGAUGGACGCUCCUGCGGCUAACGGCCAUUUUCGAGUUGUGGAAUGGCUACAUGAGCACAAUGCAGUGGGAUGUACUGAAGAUGCUCUCAUUGGUGCAGCUAGGAAAGGUGCUUUUGAGAUCUUCCUGAUCUUACAUUUCCAGUGUAAUGUGCAAUGGUCGGACGCGACACAGAGAGCGACGAGAAUGAGCCCCCCAAGUGCAAUUCGCCUCUGGAUUGCGGCCCGUGACCCCACUUUUGCGGACUAG